AGCAGCAGCGGGGAGUUAGUAGUCCCCACGAUACCUUCUGGGGGUCGGUGACCAGUGUCCCGGGCUCGGCCGCUAGGUCGUGUGGCGCACCGUUGCGCGGGGUUGGCUGGUGCCGCGGCCGGUGCGGUGCGUCUCCUGGGACGGGUGGCUCCUAAGUCCUCUGGUGGAGUUUCCACCGCAAGUUAGAUGGGGCAUUUUAAAAAGAAGAAGAAAGAAAGGGGGAGAAAGCGCUACUUCGGAUGUAAUUUCAUUUUUUUAAAAGGAAUCUCACAGAGUGGCAAGAAAGUAAACCCUAAGGAAGAAAUGUCUUCAGGUAAAGGAAAUCCAAAACGGGAAAUAAUUUCUGAAUUUCACAGUGCAGCUGCUGAAGGAGAUAUUGCCAGGUUAACAGGAAUACUCAGUCAUUCUCCAUCUCUUCUCGAUGAAACUUCUGAAAAUGGCUGGACCGCUUUAAUGUACGCCGCAAGAAAUGGGCAUCCAGAUGUUGUCCAGUUUCUGCUUGAGAAAGGGUGUGAUAGAUCACUUGUCAAUAAAUCAAGGCAAACUGCACUGGAUAUUGCCGUAUUUUGGGGUUAUAAGCAUACAGCUAACUUACUAGCUAAUGCUAAAGGUGGAAAGAAGCCUUGGUUCCUAACCAAUGAAGUAGAAGAAUGUGAAAAUUAUUUUAGCAGAACACUACUGGAUCGAAAAAGCGAAAAAAGAAAUAAUUCUGACUGGCUACUAGCUAAAGAAAGCCAUCCAUCUACAGUUUAUGUCCUUUUCUCAGAUUUAAAUCCCUUGGUCACUCUAGGUGGCAAUAAAGAAAGUUUCCAACAACCGGAAGUCAGGCUUUGUCAGCUAAACUACAUAGAUGUAAAAGAUUACUUGGCUCAGCCUGAGAAGAUCACCUUGAUUUUCCUUGGAGUAGAACUUGAAAUGAACAAAAGGUUACAUAAUCAUGCUGAAGAAGUCCCAAGAGAGGAGGAAGAUGGGUUGGUUGCAUGGUUUGCUCUAGGUAUAGAUCCUAUUGCUGCUGAAGAAUUUAAGCAAAGACAUGAAAAUUGUUAUUUUCUUCAUCCUCCAAUGCCAGCUCUUCUGCAGUUGAAAGAAAAAGAAGCUGGAGUUGUAGCUCAAGCAAGAUCUGUUCUUGCCUGGCACAGUCGGUACAAGUUCUGCCCAACCUGUGGAAGUGCAACUAAAAUUGAAGAAGGUGGCUAUAAAAGAGUGUGCUUGAAAGAAGACUGUCCUAGUCUCCAUGGUGUCCAUAAUACAUCAUACCCCAGAGUUGAUCCAGUAGUAAUCAUGCAAGUUAUUCAUCCAGAUGGGACCAAAUGUCUUUUAGGCAGGCAGAAAAGAUUUCCCCCAGGCAUGUUUACGUGUCUUGCUGGAUUUGUUGAGCCUGGGGAGACAAUAGAAGAUGCUGUUCGGAGAGAAGUAGAAGAAGAAAGUGGAAUCAAAGUUGGCCAUGUUCAGUAUGUCUCUUGUCAACCAUGGCCAAUGCCCUCCUCCUUAAUGAUUGGUUGUUUAGCUGUGGCAGUGUCUACAGAAAUUAAAGUUGACAAGAAUGAAAUAGAGGAUGCCCGCUGGUUCACUAGAGAACAGGUUGUGGAUGUUCUAACCAAAGGGCAGCAGCAAGCCUUCUUUGUGCCCCCAAGCCGAGCAAUUGCACAUCAAUUAAUCAAACACUGGAUUAGAAUGAACCCCAGUCUCUAAAUCAAAGCAGUAGGCUUUGAGUAUAAUUCUGUUCCUAAUACUGCUUUUCAAUUGAGAUUUCAAAUAUUUAGUGCUUUUUAGAGUGUCAUAACACAAAAUAUGCUGGCUGUCAGAAUAUUUUCAGAGUGUUCUCUCCAUUAGCCACAGAAUUCACAUUUUUAUAAAUUUCAGUUUUGCCUCAGAUUUCCUUAAAUUUGGAUGAGAGUUUAAAGUUUUUUGAUUAUGCAUCACAGUUUUAUCUUACAAACCAUAUUUCUAAUAAGAGACUUCAUGUUGUAAAGAAAUGUGUUCUAGAAAUGUGAAUAAGCCUAAAUUUCAUUCCUCUUAUAAGUUUUAGUCUGCUCACUGAAGUUCCUUGUGUGAGAAAUGAAACAGAAUUUUAAUGAAUUUGAGCCUAUAUUGAUUUUUACUUAUUUAAUUACCAUAAAAGUCCUUUAAGUUAUCAAGAUCUGAUUUUGCUCAGCUCUCUGUUGCAGUUUAAUUUGACUUUAACACAUUCUAAAAAGCUUUAGUAAACUGAGUGCAUUUUAGAGUUAAAUCAGUGAGAUUCUAGAGAAAGUAAAUUGUUGUAGUUUACAAUUUUGUAGUAUAGAAACAUAUUUUACAAUGCUGUUUUGAAAUUGUUUUAAAAGAUAAUUUAUAAAUGUACAAAUUUAUUCAAUUUAGCUCUUUAAUCUUAUAUGUUACAAUUGAAAGAGACUUUGAGAUAAUAUAUGAACUUCAUUGCUUUUAUUUUAUAGUUAAUUAAAAGAAAAUCCUGGAAGGUAUAAUUCACUAAUUGAUGAAAAUUGCACCAAUAAUUAAUUAUAACAGCCUGUGCUGUGUAAACCAGGGCAAGAGUCACCCUCUAGCAGUAAUAAAAAGCUUUUACCAAAAAUGUAUGUUGAACAGAUUAAGAAAAAGGAAUGAAAAGAAUAAAUUUAGCUUGCCAAAUAUUGCUAAACCUUUAGGUAUAAUACUUUAGUAUUUAUCUUAAAAAGAUAACUUUGUUGGAUGAAACUUGUACUAAUGAACCAUUUUUAGUAGUUAAUGGAUUCUUAUUGAUAGCAGAACUUUAAACCAAAUGAAGACUUACAGAGGUCCUUUAUAGGCGUGAUAUAGUAGUGACUGCAUGGAAAGUAAGGUACUUUGGUUAUUAUGAAAUGUAAUGACUUAUGGUUCAGUUUUACUCCAAAUGUACUUUUAAUACUAGCAGAUUCUAAUAUUACACAGUAAAAUUCCAUGUUCACCUAGUGUUAUGGUUGGAAAGUAAAAUAUAAAGUGUCAACAAAUAUAGUUGUAAAUUUAGUUUCAGAUAUUUAAUUUGUCCUUGUGGAAAAAUCAGUAUCUAAAUAAAUUACUGGUUUAAUAAUUACUACUAAGUUGCUAACCUCUGAGAGGUGAAUAGGUACAUGUAAAUAGAAGGAAUAGCCAAUUCAAAAAUGAUAAAGGUGGGUCAUGAAUGUAUUCUAAUGGAAAUGAAUGUGACAUUAAAAUAUUUAUUUUCUGUUUUGUGUGCUUUACAUUUUUUAAUGUUUUGAUAGAUUUCUUUUGACAAGUGGAAAAAUCCCCGUUUUAGUCAUUAUCC